AUGGCUGAACGCAUAAUAGAAUUUGUAAGAGACAACCCAUGCAUCUACGACAAGAAGCACGGCGGCUAUAAAAACCAAUUGCAUAAAGACCGCUUGUGGCUUCAAUUUUCAAAGGAAGCAAACGUCCCAGUUGAUGUAUUGAAAAAAAAGUGGAAGUGCAUCCGCGACCGCUUCUAUCGGGUGCAUAAAAAGAAGAGCACCGAGGCUGCGUCUGGUAGUGGGCAGUUGUCGCCAGACACCAAGUUAUACAAAAACUGCGACAGCCUACUAUUCUUCCUGGAUGUAGAUUCAUCGAACACGAGCACAAUUGGAAAUUUCUUAACGGAAGAAGAAAUUCCUUUCGAUAACGAAGCAUCGAGUUCAUUUAUGAACUUAAGCGGCAUCAAAUCCUCAACGCCAGCUACUGCAGUGCCUCGGAAAAGUAAGAGCAAUGCUGUAGAAUGUGAGCUGCUUACCACCAUGAAAAGUGUUAGAGCAUCCGCUGAGCGCAAGUCUGCUUUUCGAAUAUUUUUGGACAGCAUCGCCCUUACCGUUGAAGAAGCACAAUUGGAUGUUUCGCAGAUAUCGCAGUUACAAAUGGGUAUACUUCAACUUGUCCAAUGUGAAAUUAAUAUUUAAUUAUAUACUUCAUCAUAUUGCUUUUAAGCUGGAUCGCCAUAGCAUGCGGAUAUGUAUGGGUGCAUUCC